AUGGAGGCCUUGAUGACCAGUAAUGUGACCAACAAGACAGACCCAAAAUCCAUCAACUCCCGGGUUUUUAUCGGCAAUCUGAACACAGCGGUGGUGAAGAAGUCAGACGUCGAGACCAUCUUCUCCAAGUAUGGCCGUGUGCUGGGCUGCUCCGUGCACAAGGGCUACGCCUUCGUCCAGUACGCCAGUGAGAGGCACGCCAGGGGGGCUGUGAUUGGGGAGAACGGCAGGGUGCUGGCCGGACAGACACUGGAUAUCAACAUGGCAGGAGAGCCAAAGCCAAGCAGAUCUAAAGGCCAGAAGCGAUCAGCUGCUUCUCUCUACAGUGGCUAUGAGUUUGACUACGACUACUACAGAGAAGACUUCUAUGACAGGUUGUUUGAGUACCGUGGCAGGGUGUCUCCAGUCCCUCGGGUGGUGCCCGUCAAACGCCCACGACUGGCGGUACCUCUGGUACGACGGGUCAAAUCUCUGCCAGUCAAACUUCUGGCACGAAACGCCUCCGUCCUCCCCACCAGCAACGGCAACAAACAGAGAUCGGUGAAAGGUACAGAGAUUCAGGCGAUCAAAUCAGAGCUGACUCAGAUUAAAGCCAACAUCGAAGCUUUGCUGGGCAGACUGGAGCAGAUCACAGAAGACACACACAUUACCACCACAGAGCUGAGGAAGUCGGACAACUGUAAGAGCGAGGAGGCGUGGCAGGACGGGGAGGAGGAGUCGAGCUCGGACCUGGAGGACGAGGAGGAGCAGAGACAGAACAGCGAGGCUGAAGAGGAAGAGGAGGAGGAAGAAGAAGAGGAGGAGGGAGAGCACACACAGGACGACGACCACAUGGACAACAGUCGCCUAUCAUCAGAGAUGGACUCUAUUCACCCAUGA